UAUGACUGAUUCCGAUUCACGUGAUUACGUCACUCGGGCCAAGCGAAGCAAGCGGAGGGAGAUGUGCGAGAUUCGUAGUGUUAAAAUUAAUACGUCAUCUCUUAUUCAAAAGUGCUAUCUGUAAAUUAUAAUUCGUGGUGCCGCUUAAAAAUUAAUAAUAAAACAGCAUAAUGCCGGCGGCGCGAGGCGUUAAACGUGCUGCUUCUAAAUCAUCUGCCGCUACGGCGGCAACGGGAGCCAAAAACAAGAAAAAACGUGGAGCGAUUCAAUGGGAGAUCCCAUCAGCGCCCAAGAGGAGGGGGCGCGUGCUGGCCUGUGGGCAGGGAGAUGUUGGCCAGCUCGGCCUCGGGGAAGAUGUCAUCGAGGCCACCAAAUUCAAAUACGUCACAGCCUUGGGUGACAAAAUAGUUGAUGUGUAUGCUGGGGGCAUGCAUACUAUCGCUCUUGACAGCAAUGGGAAGGUGUGGACAUUCGGGUGUAACGACGAGGGAGCGCUAGGCCGGCCCACGUCGGGCGAGGGCGAGGAGGGCACGCCGGCUACCGUGGCGCUGCCCGCCGCCGCCGUCUGCGUGGCGGCCGGGGACUCACACUCCGCCGCGUUACUCGAUAACGGAGAUGUGUACGCCUGGGGGGCUUUUAGAGACUCUCACGGCAGCAUGGGGCUGGUGGUGCGAGGCCGGGAAGGCAAGUCGUGCCGCGAGCCCGUCAAGCUCGACCUCGCCGAGCCCGCCGUCGCCAUCGCGUCCGGCGGCGACCAUCUCGUCAUACUCUCCUCGUCGGGCGGCGUGUACACGAUGGGUUGCGGCGAGCAGGGGCAGCUCGGGCGCCUGUCUCAACGCUCAGCCUCCCGGGACGCCAGGCAGGGCUUCAGUGCCCUGCUAGUUCCAUCUAAAGUGACUCUAAAGGCGGGCGGUUCCCGCAUCUGGGCGGGCUACCACGCUACCUUCGUACUGGACACCAACGACAAGAUGUUUGCCUGGGGACUCAAUAACUAUGGACAACUUGGUAUAACAGGCGAGAAACGCAAGACGGCAAUAUUCACCCCCACAGAAUGCGAUGCGUUCACCCGCCUCAACACCGAGUGGCGCAGUGUGGCCGCCGGACAGCAUCACUCGCUCGCGCUGGACACUGCCGGACAGCUGUAUGCUAUCGGACGCUGCGAGUACGGCAGGUUGGGUUUAGGUGACCGAGCAGGUGAUGCAGAAGUGCUGGAGCCGAUCCCCAAGCUACAGAACAAGAAGGUCAUUUGUAUAGCUGCCGGUACCAGCAACUCUUUUGCUGUCACUGAUACCGGCGAGGUGUUCUCGUGGGGCAUGGGGUCGGAGGGCCAGCUGGGCACGGGCGGCAGCGCGGACGCGGCCGAGCCCGCCCCGGCCGUGACGCCGCCGCUGCACGCGCGCACGCCCGUGCACAUCUCCGCCGGCGGACAGCACACCGUGCUCAGAGUGGAGGACCCAGCAUCCCAAAAGGAAGACUCCCCGCCCCCAGAGAGCGAGACUUCAGAACAGAAACCGGAACCUGUGUCUCAAGAUGAGGAGGAACCGGAAACGCCAGCCAAGCGAGCUCGCACAGAACAGGAGGAGGAAAUAUCCUCGACUUCCAGUGCACAGCCCGCUGAAGUUAAUGAUGCUAAACCACAGAAGGUGAAUGGUGAUGAAAAGAAGGAGACGCCUAUGGAAGUUGAUGAAACUGACAACAAACAAGAACAGAAAGACGAGACAGAAACAAAAUCAGCAGACGAACAAACAGACACCGACCAGACGGAACCAGACAAUACACAGACGGACUCCAAAAUUGAGACUACAGACACUUCCAGCCAAGAGACCACGGACAGCGAAACCAAGUCUCAAGACCACGAGAAAACGGACGUCGACAUGAGUGACCCCGUCGCCGAAGUUAACGGGACCCCAGAAACGGUCGACCCCAAAACCGUAGACGUUAUACCCACAAACACUCUCACUACGACAGCGUGAUGGUAAAUUAUUCAGUACGCGGUUUCUUUACACGUAGGGGUUUCUGUCAGGCUUGUAAAAUAUAAUUAUUAAUAAAACAUAUCUUUGAAUAAGUGCUUUUCACUUAAACGUCUUAAAACAUGAUUUUUUUAAGCCAAAUCACAGUUAACUAGCAUCGAUUUUAUUUAUGUGAAAUCUCUAUAACAAUUCGUUAGUUGAUAGUGGACGAUUAUUCUAAAUGAACCGCCUGAAAGCAUUUUUUUAGUCUAAAAUUAAUUAGAUUUUGAUAUUAGCCUUCAUUGUUCGUGCCUUUCCUCUAUUGAGGUGUCAUUGCAAAGUUUUUUGAAGUUCUAACGCUUUUUAGUGUAGCUGUCUCGUGUUUGGAACUGUGGGUAGGUCGAUAUUCUAGUUUGUUGCUCAAUUUGUUCUACAAAAUGUAAUGUUUUAAUUAACAUAAUGUAAUAUUAGCUUCUACUCCCGGGUUUUUUCCGCGUUCCGAUUGAAAUAAUUUUCUCGCCUGUUUCAUCACAAUUCGAUCAGCCGUUAAAGCGUAAUUGAGGAACAAACAUUCAAACCCCUCUUAAAAUUUUUUGAAAUGAUUGUUAUGAAUGAAUUUUUGAAUUGAAAUUAAAUUAUUAUUAUGAUACUUAAUUUAUCUUUCAAUCUUUUUCAAUAUCGAAUUUAUCUAACCACAGUUUUAAAUGCCUAGUUCCAUACAAAAUCGUUUCACAAAUUUUCAUUGUAACAUUUGUUGGUCUGUCUACAAACCCUGGCGUAUAAAUUGACUGCAGUACCUCGCGGUACAUAUUCUAAUUAAUGUACUGAACUGUAUUGUUGUACAAUACGAUGUAUUUUUACAAUGAUAUGAGAAUUAUAUUCGAAGUUGAUACAUAGGUAAGUAGCGAAUGUAAUGUAUUUGACGGUCUUUCAUACAUGCCUGUUUACAGGCGUGACGGUUGUGUUAUUGAUAAUUUAAUAUUAUGUUUGACCUUUAAUAAAGCUAAAAAUUUAAGUAAAUUUUCUUUUCUUCAAUCUCCUGAUAUUUUUCCCUUUGAAUGUUUUGUUAGAGUAAUUAAUUCUGUUACUCUUUUUCUGACCUUCUGAAGGUUUGAAAUCCCAUUGCAUGGUAUAACCAUACCGAUUUUAGUAUAAGCAUAAAUAUAAAUAAUAAUACUUGGAAGUAUUUGUUGUUUACAUUAAUAUAAUUAUUAUUUAUAAAUAGCUAACUAUCGUUAAACACAUUACAUUUAGCAACAUUUCUGCAUCAAUAGUAGUUGUCAAUGUGUUAGUUACAGAUCACUUGUUGUACAAUUGAAAUAUUUUAAGUCUGCGCGAUUUGAAACGGCUCGAUAGCCAGGUUAGUUUCAGCAUUUCUGUAAUAGUUAAGGUUUAAAGAUUUAAUUCAAUGUUCAUUGUAGAUUACACAAAUUAUAUUGGUGUAAAAUAAAGUAGUUUAAUAGUUGUAGGACAGAAAACAGCCAAUCAGAGUUAAGUACUCCUGCGCAUGUUACUAGCAAAUUUUUAAAAUAAAUAUUCAGUGUUUUACUGUUAUUUUGUAUUGUGGUUUUAGACCACAUUCACAUUUUAAGUCGUGACGUUUCGAAUUGUUAGCGAGGCACAUAGCAUUAGUAUAAUAAUUCAACUUCGAAUAUAGCAACGUUCGCGUGAGAGAAAGCACCGCGUUCUCAUUUUGUUAAAGAUAUUUUGAUGCGCUAGUUUUGGUCGGAUCAAGUACUUAUUUAUAAGAUAACGCAAAAGGGAAUUGUUAUGUUUCACAAAAGGUAAGGUGAAACCUUUAUUGUAUUAAAUCUAAGCUUUUAUUAAUAAAUUGUUAAGUUCCAAAUAGUGCGUGCUUGAUAAACUAUUAUAUUGUAAGGAGUAUAUGACACCAAAAUAUAGCGUUAUAUAUAAACUGAAUUGAAGCAUAAUUUAAUUUAUCACAAUCGAAUUGAUGUAGAAAUUAUAGUUUAAGUUUUUUUUUGUAUUUAUAAGCUGGGACAGUUGAAUGUAAGGAAGUUUGGUGCUUGAUGCGAUCAAGAGAGCGUUAUGUUGUCAGCAGCGAACCCGUGCAGUCUCCCGCGAAUAUGUAAAAUAGUAUCUUUUAGCGAUUCGCGUCGCACUUAGUGUUGAGGUUGCUAGAUAAUAAAGAAAUAUUGAUAUAAAUAAAUAAUUAUAAGCGAAUUGUCGAUUGUUGUAUUCGUGUCCUUAGACUGGUACAAAAAUAACAAUGUUUCGGGAAUUAAUUAUAUGCCGAGAGCCCGUGACUGACAGAACGUUGUUUUAUAAAGGCUGUUUAUAAUGUACUCUUAUAGUGUAAAAAAUGAGUUGCGUAAAAUCUUUUAUAUUUCAAAUAUUCUAUAGCCACGAUUAUCCAAACUUCAGCCUUUAUGAAAUAAUGAGUCUGGCAGGCACUGGCUCUCGGUCUAAAAGUACAAAAUGUACUGGUUCUUUCACACGACGCUAUAUUUCAUGAUUGUUAAAAUAAAGAUGAUAUAAUGUA